UCGGAGAGUAACGACCACAUUCGCGCGCACUUUUCACUCAGCUCCACCUUUCUUGAGUUUCACACCCUCCUCGGCGACUCUAAAACCCUAACCCUAAACCCUAAUCUAUCUUUCAUGGGGAUUCAAACUCUUUGAAUCAUCUGAAAUCGCUCCCAAAUUUAACCUAAUUAACAAAUUCGAUGAACAUGGACAUUGAUCCUUUGCAGUCGGAGACCACUGACGCAGUGAAGCAGAAAUCGGAGUCUUUAAUAGCCCUGUCGAACGGUACAAUUUCUUCGUCGAUUUCGAAAAUUUCAGGCUCGUCUAGGGUUUUUCCGUCGGAGAAGGACUUCCACUUCUACUACAAUUUCGACGAGUUUAAAGGUCCAAUUGAUGAAAUUGGUGCGAAGUCUCAGUCGAUGCUUCAGCAAAUUAAUUCGGCGAAGCAGUUGUGGGGUGGGAAAGAGAUGGAGUUUCCCCAAGAUGUUGAUGAUGAAGCUUAUGAUUGGCUUGUGAAUGUUAAUGAUGAAGUAAUUGAGAAGUUUGAUGUGUCUGUGGACGAAUUUUCGAGGUUGCGAAAAGCUGAAGAAGAAGGGGCUAGGGCUAAACCUAUGAUUGAUGAGAAUGGGUUUCAGUUGGUUUGUGGGAAGAAGAAAAAGGGUCUUGGUAUUGGUGGAACGAGGGAGAAAGAAGAAACUGUGCUAUCCCCGACGGUGCGAGUAGUGGAGAGAGAUAAGAAGACGGAAGGACCGAAGCAGAAGAUCCCAUUUCAUAUAUCGACGAUCAGGAGGCCACAGGAGGAGUACAACAUAUUGGUUAAUAACUCGAAUACGCCAUUCCAGCACGUCUGGCUUGAGAAGAGUGAGGACGACUCAAAGUUCAUUCACCCACUGGAAAAGCUAUCAGUUCAGGACUUCGUGGAUUGUGAUGUUGAGAGUGUUGAGCCAAUGAAGCCGCCACCACUGGAAUCUACUCCAUUUAAAAUGGUAGAAGAAGUUAAGGAUUUAAAGGAGUUAGCUGCUAAACUACGGAGUGCAAAUGAAAUUGCUGUUGAUUUGGAGCACAAUCAGUACCGGUCUUUUCAAGGGCUAACUUGCUUAAUGCAAAUAUCUACCAGAACUGAAGAUUUUGUUGUUGACACUUUGAAAUUGAGAAUUCAUAUUGGUCCAUAUCUGAGGGAAAUCUUCAAGGAUCCUUCAAAGAAAAAGGUUAUGCAUGGAGCAGACAGGGAUAUUGCAUGGCUUCAGAGAGACUUUGGCAUUUACGUAUGCAAUUUAUUUGACACAGGACAGGCUUCAAGAGUGUUGCAAAUGGAGAGAUUUAGUCUGGAACAUCUUCUUCAGCAUUUUUGCGGAGUUACUGCAAAUAAACAAUACCAGAAUGCUGAUUGGAGGUUGCGUCCACUUCCUCGUGAGAUGGUUAGGUAUGCCAGAGAAGACACCCACUACUUAUUAUAUAUAUAUGAUCUAAUGAGAAUCAGGCUGCUUUCAGAAAGUCCUGAUCCUGAAAACUCUAAAGCGCUUAUUUCAGAGGUUUACACGCGCAGUUACGACCUAUGCAUGCAACUUUAUGAGAAGGAGCUGUUAACAGAAACUUCAUAUCUUUACAUAUACGGUGUGCAGGCAGCUAAUCUAAAUGCUCAGCAGCUCUCCAUUGCCGCCGGUCUUUGUGAGUGGAGGGAUGCCAUUGCCCGGGCAGAGGAUGAAAGCACUGGUUAUAUAUUGCCUAAUAAAGUACUCUUGGAAAUAGCCAAGCAGAUGCCUUUGACUACUAGCAAAUUACGACAUUUGGUUAAAUCUAAGCACCCUUAUGUGGAGCGCAAUCUUGGUUCUGUGGUCAACAUCAUCAGGCAUUCAGUUCAGAAUUCUUCUUCUUUUGAAGCAGUAGUUCAACAAUUGAAAGAGGCUCGAAUUCAGAUGGCACCUGAAUUGAAUAAUGCAGGAACUGACAUCUCUGAGCCCUCUGAGGCUCAGACUGCAAGUGACAAUAACAUUGAAGGUUCUGAUGGUAGCCAUUAUAAACAUGCACCAGUUCAUGUGCAGUUGAAAGAUGAAGGUUUGAAGCUCACUGGCCAUGAUCCAAACCUAAGCAAGGAUAGAUGUGGGGUGUUGGUAAAAGAUAUUCGCCAGAACGGGAUUAUGACAAAGGACACUAAUGGUAGUGUUACUCUCGAGUCUCAGAGAGAACAGCUGGCUUUUUCUAGUCAGAAAAAUGUCGCUGAAACUACUGUCCAGCUGUUAAAGAAGCCGGGUCGUGCUUUCGGGGCACUUCUUGGAAAUUCUGCCUCCAAAAAGAAAAUUGAUCUUAAAAAGGAUGAGGACAAAUUGGAGCAGAUUAAGUCGUCUGUCAAUCUUCCGUUCUACUCAUUUUCUUCUAGCGAACAAGAGUUGAAACAAGCCAGUAACCAAUCUUCAGAGGCAAACAGAAUAUCUAAUGCUCAGAUUAUUGGGGACCCCUCAUAUGAACCAGAUUUGGGCAGCAUAUCAGAAGAUGUAAUAUUGUUGGAUGGUGAUCAACAGUCGAUCCAGGCAUCUGAAGAAUCAAAUAGAACUACCGAAGUUACACCCUCUGACGAGCACCCUGUUGCAUCAGGGUCAAACACCAAGUUAAAUGAUAUUAUAUUGCUGGAUAGUGAUUCCAGUGAUGAUGAAGAACCAGCUGAUAGUUUAGGUCAAGAUCAAAAUCAUGAUGGCAGAAAUGAUGAUCAAGUAGCUUAUCAACCAGAGGUGGUGGUUCUGGAUGAGGAUGAGGACGAGGAUGAAGAUGAGGAUAAUGAGCCAAUUUCUCUUUCAGAUUUAUCCUCCAGUUUUCAGAAAUGUUUGCAACCCGUAAAUGAGAACCAAGGUAGCAGCAAACAAGAACACAUGUCUGAAGAAACAGGUAGCUUGCAGUUUAAGCCAUUUGAUUAUGAAGCUGCUAGGAAAGAGGUGAAGUUUGGGGAAGCUGCAAAGAAAGAAGCGAAAACUGGUGAUAAUAAUAAUCGCUUUGGGAAGAAAAAAAGCGCUGCUAGUGGUAGAAGCAGUAACGAUGAAGACUUGCUUCCCCAAGGUAAAAGACGUCAAGCUUUCCCGGCUAGUGGGAAUCGCAGUUCAACAUUUAAGGCUCCUUAAUUCUACUCCUUAUCUAAAACGGCCUGUGAUUGGAGAAUGUGGUAAAUAUAGUUGGAUUUGUAAAAUCUAGACCAAAUGUUGGAUACUCGAAGAUAUGCAAGAGUAAAAUUUCAGUUGAGAAUGUGUUGUACCUUUAUAUAAUUUUAUUUUUUAAAGGGAAUAAGAAUCAAUUCAAAUUCCCAACAUUUCAGCUAUUGGACUACACUUUAUCACAGCUGAUUACUGACAGUCCCAAUUGAUUCAAGGAAGGAUUGAAGUUUUACGUUUUA